AUGCCUCGCCGGCCGCCCACCACGCGCGCCAGGAAGCUGCUGCACGCCGUCACGACCACGGUCACCGGCUCGCGCCUCACCGUCGAGGACGACGGCGGGCUCCGCACGCUCGCGCUCAACGGCCACUGCCAGUCAGAGGUUCGGUUGCUCGCCGACGGGACACUCUCCCUGGCCCAGCCGCUCGAGCUGGUGCAGGCGAUGAGCCUGCUGAGCCUGGCCUGGCUGGGCCUCGGCCCGUGCUCGGCCUCGCCGCGCGUGCUGCUUCUCGGCCUCGGCGGCGGCAGCAUCGCCCGCGUGCUCUGCGCCGCGGAGGCUGCGUGCCACGUGCACUCGGUCGACAUCGAUCCGGAGGUAAUCACGGCGGCGGCCAAGUACUUUGGCCUGGCCCUCGGUGAGUCACGCUGCACCGCGGAGCCGGGCGACAGCGCGGCCGUGCUGCGCCGCGAGCGCGAGCGCGCCGAGGCGGACGGCGGCGGCGAGGCGACGCGCCGGCCGUUUGACGUCGUCAUCCUCGACGCGUUCGACGCCAACGGCCUCUGCCGGAGCACGCAGGAGGGCUCGACGCUGGACGACGCCAAGGCCAUCCUCGGCCCGCGGGGCCUCCUGCUCGUCAACCUGCACACGGGCGACAGGGAGGACCCAGACUACUACGUCUGCCGGCGGCUGCUCCGGAGGCUCGCCGCGCGCUUCGGGUGCGUCUACACGCUCGAGUGCGAGAGCACGCAGAACCUGAUCGCCGUCUGCCACGACGGCGAAAUGCGCGAGCUCGACGAGUGGCACGCGCAGCUGCUGGACGCGGUGCGCUCGCGGCCAGAGGCGCGCGCUGCGUGCGGCGCGUUCGGGCUCGAGGCCGCCAUGGAGCGCUUCCACUUUGUGGGAGGGCGCGACGAGCCGCUCUCCGAGGACGACGACGAGGCGCGCCAGAGGGAGGCGAGGGUCAUGAGCGGAGGGCUGCGGCCGUAUGGCUACGGGGAUCUUGUAAGGACGAUCAGGGACACAGGGGAACGGGAGAGGUGA